AUGUUUAGUAAUCGGAGAGGCAGGCCAGGAGGAGGGAAGGCGACUGGAUCAAGGCCACUGGGGGUGGAGUGGGGUGGAUUCAGGAGAAAGGCAGAGGCUGCUGCUGCUGGUGAUUCGAACCCAGGUCCCCUCCCAACCACCCAUCCUGGUCCUUCCAAUUGUCAUGCUAAGCCCUUCUUUCCUCUCCUGACCAGCCAGAAGGAGGCCCAGGCCAUCGAUCAAGAACUCUUUGAGGAGUACAAGUUCAGCGUGGACCAGCUGAUGGAGCUGGCCGGGCUGAGCUGCGCCACCGCCAUCGCCAAGGCUUACCCGCCCAGCAGCUUCACCGUCAGCCCGCCGUCUGUCUUGAUCAUUUGUGGGCCCGGAAACAACGGAGGAGACGGGCUCGUCUGUGCUCGGCACCUAAAAAUGUUUGGUUAUGAGCCGACACUGCAUUACCCGAAACGCCCCAGUAAGCCGCUCUUUGAAGGUUUAACCACCCAGUGUGAGAAAAUGGACAUCCCGUUCUUAUCAGAGUUUCCUUCAGAAGCGGCGCUGAUUGACGAGGUCUACGGCCUGGUGGUGGACGCCAUCUUUGGGUUCAGCUUCCAAGGGGCAGUGCGGGAGCCCUUCGGCUCGAUCCUGAGCACGCUGGAGAAAGUCACCAUCCCCAUCGCCAGCAUCGAUAUCCCAUCGGGGUGGGACGUGGAGAAGGGAAACCCGGACGGGCUGCAGCCGGAUCUGCUGGUCUCUCUCACGGCGCCCAAGCAGGCGGCCAAGCACUUCGCCGGGCGCUACCAUUUCCUGGGAGGCCGCUUCGUCCCUGCAGCGCUGCAGGAGAAAUACGCAUUGAACCUGCCCCCGUACCCGGAGACGGAUUGCGUCCUGCGGCUGCCCUGAGCCCCUGCGUCGCGGGAUGGGGGCCGAGGCGGGAAGAGAAAGGAAGGCUGGUGGGCGGAAGUCCAGACGGUUCCCUGUUUGGUUUUGGGGGAUGGGGGCUGGUGAAAAGCCGGUCCAGCUCUCCAUAGAGGGACCUGCUUUUUACUCGAUCUAGCUAUUCAGAGGCAAGAAGCCGAACGGCUUAAGCCAAACGCCCGAGGAGAGGUCAGGCCAAGAGGGAAAGGGGUCUUUGCAAACCUCUUAAACCUGCUUAAGUGGAGGGGCUUGGUUAGAUCCGGGCUGACCAGCAAAGAGGACCAAGGCCAGAUCCAGAG